GUCCGACAACCGUUCCCAUGUUAUAUCAGCCUGUUGUGGUUUGUCAUGUUAUUCAACCAACACUUUGUAGCCACAGUAACUCACAAAUACGAUGAGGUUGCCCCGGCGGAUGCUCACCCUGCACACAGCGCCUGUAAGAAGGACAUCGUCGGUGCACGCAGGUGUGAGCAGCUUCGUCCCCUCCUGCAGCACCACUGAUGUCCACUCCCUGGAGCUGCUGCAGGACUUUGUGUCCCGAGCCAGACGCCUGUUUGUUAUCACUGGAGCAGGCCUCUCCACAGAGUCAGGGAUCCCCGAUUACCGCUCGGAGGGUGUCGGGCUGUACGCUCGCACCGACAGGCGGCCCAUGCAGCAUGUGGAGUUUGUCCGCAGCGCAAAGUCCCGUCAGCGCUACUGGGCCAGAAACUUUGUCGGGUGGCCGCAGUUUUCUUCCCAUCAGCCCAACGCUGCACACCGGGCCCUGCAGCGGUGGGAGGAGAGGGGCCGGCUGCACUGGCUGGUUACACAGAAUGUGGAUGCUCUCCAUUCAAAGGCAGGGCAGAAAGGACUGACUGAGCUCCACGGCUGUGCACACAGGGUGGUGUGUCUUGGCUGUGGUGCCAUCUCAGCGAGAGAGGAGCUCCAGAAGCGAUUUGUAGCUCUGAACCCAGGCUGGAGAGCGCAGGCAGGCGCCGUGGCUCCGGACGGUGACGUCUUCAUAGAGGACGAGCAGGUGCUCCAUUUCAGAGUCCCCUCCUGUGAGGACUGUGGGGGGAUACUGAAGCCGGAGGUCACGUUUUUUGGAGACACUGUGAACAAAACCACUGUACAGUUUGUGCACCACAGACUGGUGGAGUCGGACGCGGUGUUAGUCGUGGGCUCAUCGUUGCAGGUAUACUCAGGAUACAGGUUUCUACUGGCAGCGAGUGAUAGGAAAAUGCCAGUCGCCAUCCUGAACAUUGGGCCCACGAGGGCCGACCACCUGGCUGAGCUGAAAGUGAGCGGCCGCUGUGGUGAAGUGCUGUCAGUCAUUCAAUCUCUCUGACUGUCAUGGACAUUGUGCAUUAAGCUGGUCAAACGGUUGUCAAAACUACCUCAGAUUUAAACAGGUUAACAAAGUGUUUGGCACUUUUAUCAAAGUUGGGUAAAAACUGACAUAGCUUACUUUGCCCUAUUUUAUGCAGAACCAUUGAAUGUUAAAAUUAUAAUUGUUAAAGGAUCAAUAUCUUGGUCCGACAGAAACAGAGAGACAUCUACUCUGCCAGGAGAAACAUACAGACUCAAGCUGUACUGUAUUUGUCAUGUGUGUUUUGAUAUCAUAGAAUAUGUGCAGUGGGUGACACAGGAAGCAUGUUUCACUGUCUGAAAGCUGCAGGCUGUGAAAUGACAACUGGGAAGCUGAAAUGAGGAGCGAGCCAGAUGGUUUGUCUCUUUUCACUGUUGCGUUAUGAGAGACACUGUAUUAUAUUGAAAAAUUGGUUUGUGAAACUAAACUACAGUAUGUUUGUGGAAAUGCAAUCUGUUAAAAAUCAGGUAGUAGGGAAGACACAAGAGAAGAGGGUUUAAAAACGUUUUGGAAACUAAUUCAAGCAAUUAUACAGAAUAUAGUGCAGUCAGCUGGUUUUAAAGGGUUUGUGCUGUCCUGGAAUGGAUUAAUCUCAUGUUUUUAUAUAAUGGUGCUGAGAUUGUUGAUAAGUAUACAUUUUAAAUGUUAACAUAGUCAAUAGAAGGGACUGUAGGCUACAAGUAACAUGCUAGAGGCUACAAACUCUAGUAGUCUUUGCAGCAAACGGUCAAGCAGUUGAUCUUGUUUUAUGUAAAACUGAUGCAAAUGUUUGAAAUGACAAAAAAAAACCUUUACUUUAUGUUGUACAUUAUUUAAAAUAAAGGAUUUCAAAGCAUUAAAGAACUUUAUACAUUAACUUGUAAAGGUGUCGAUAAAUGUACAUUAAACCAAACAAUAUUUACAUUCUGACGUCCUCACUGUUUGUCAGUAUUGAAGUAACUCAAUGACUAAUAUGAUUAAUUGGUUCCCUCACACCAAACAUUAUCAAUUAACCUCAAACUUGGUGCUCCACGGGUGGCGAUAGAGGAUUCACUUAAUUAAUUCUGCUUACUACAAUAGACCUUUUUACAGCAUGAAAUGUGACCACUCAUAGCAGGAAAGUGGAACUAAUAACAUUAUUAAUGGAUGCAUACCAUUAAAGUGUCUUAGUUAGCCAAACCAGU